GAGAGGAAGAAGUUGAGGGUAAUCGUGUUAAGGCCCAAGAAAACGUUAAGAGGUUAUCGAUGGGUGGAAGGAACACACACACACGCUGCAUGCGCUCGGCAUUUCUCCCUCUUCUUGUGCUGCCGUUGGUGUAUUGUAAUGCCAAUCUUAACUGGGAUGCCUGGUUUGGUUAAAAUGCCUGCCUGGAUUGCUAUACAUUACUGGAAAUAAAUUUUCCCUGGAUUAUUUUUAUUCGCGAUUAUCCCGGUAGAUGUGUGUUAGGGAUGCGUUUAAUGUGAUUGCUGUUACCCGGCAGCAUCUAUACACUAUGCAGACCGAUAUUUAACCGGAUAUUUUUGGGAUAUACCGGAUGCUCCCUUUAUGGAUAUUGAUUGUGCUGGGCCGGCGUGUGCUGUGUUCCCCUGUGGACGGCGAAUAGCACACUUUCUCUGCCAACUAUCAUUCCUAACUUUGGCCGAUGCUAUCUAUACAGCGCCCGUAAUAAUCAGCAGCAGUGCGCGUAUAUUUGGCCGGUGAUCGAUUUUUCCUGAUUGUCUCCUUAACGAUCGUGUAAUUACCCGAGCAUGACAUAUUAACAGCACCAAACGCCGCUGACCGUUAAUUAAUCUAGCGGCCGCAAUGUAAUUUACGCCGGUGUUGCAUUACUUGAAAUCGGUGUAAAAACACCACGGUACGUGUCAAUCAUCAAGGGGGGAUUUUUGCGACACUGUGUGUGUGUAAUGUUAAUCCCCGCUGUCGUCCGGAUAUGUCUCCCAUUACAUCACCCCACUGAUUUCCAUUCCCGCGCGCGCUCUCGCGCCGUUCAAUCAAUACACUCUGCGCCGCAGCAAACGGAAUUUUGUUUUCCUGCCCAAUGCUGCACCUGUUCCCGCGCGCCAUAUAUCGUUGUUAGAAUUAAUUGGAUUAGUUUGCUGUUUCGUGGGAUAGAACGCCACUAACUAAUGGCCGACCGUCGUGUGGCCAUGAUUAUUCGUCUGCCCUGUCAUUAUUGUCGUGGAGUGGCUGGCACGAUUAAGCCGGUUUAAAGUGUGUGCGCCCGCACAAUGGACAUUAGCGCACAGGCAGCGGAUGGCAAUUUAACCACGACGCAUGCAACGACACUAACGCACGACCCCAUUCACCUGCCGCCCACCUCCUCCCUGGCCCCGUCGACCUCCGCGGGGCUGCCCUUCGCCGACUUCGACAGCUACUGGCACUUCCACGUCUACAUGCUGGCCUUUGCCUUCUUCUCCGUGUCUUUCUGCUCCUUCUUCUCGGCCAUCAAUAUCCGCUCGCAAUACCCACUGCAGACCCUCAUGUUCAUGGCCUGCAUCUUCAUUAUGGCCUUCGGAUUGGUCCGCAGCGGCUUCCUGCUGCUGGAUCCCUAUCACGCUCAAUCACGCCUGCCGGCCUCCUUGUUAACGUUCCUGUAUUCGCUCGGUUUUCCCAGUCUGACUGCCACCGUGGCCAUGACCAUCUUCUCCAUCGCCAAACACUGUCUCCGCACCGAGCCCAAAUCCUUCAUCUACCUGAUAAUUUUAUUGCAUUUUUGUUUCUCCAUCACAGCGGAAAUUAUCGCGGUCAACGAGGAAUCGUGGCGGUUAUUUCUGCAAACCGUAACGACCAUCUUUUUAUUAUGGCCGUUGGGCUUGGCGCUGCUGUUCGGCAACAUCCGGAAAUCCCUGCAAAAAAUGGACCACCCGGUGCAGCAUGCACUAAAAAAGGAGCUUAAACCGGCGGCCUCCGUCGUCGCGCUACCGCCCAAGAAGAAACGCGCCCCGAAACGCGACCGGCGGAAAUUCACUGAUUCCGCCGCCCAGACGUCGUUUCUGCAGCGCCGGCCGACACCCAAACCGAAAUCGAAAUCGUGUGGGACGAUUAAUGAACCGCCCUCCGGGGGUGGUAGCCAGCUGACUAUGCCCACCUCCUCGGUGGUCAGUAUCGACAGUCUGGAAUCAUGGGAUCAUUUUUCCUUGCAGGAUUCCCCGCGUGUAUCCCCGGUGUUAACGCGGCACUUCUCCAUGCCGGCCGUCACCCACGGAACGGCCGCCCGGCGUUUCUGGAAGCAGUUUACAUUCCGGAAGAAUCAGCAGCUGACGAAUACGUCGACCGGCUCAUCACCGGUACGCAGUAACAGCAGCAGCGGCGGCCGGAAAUUACGCAGCUUUAAUUUUCGCUGGAGGAAGCCGGUGUUGGGCGGCAGUAUGGCGGCCGCCGCUGCUCAUUACCCGGCGAAUCGUGUUGUCGAGCGUGAAGUAAUUUCCGCCGCGGACAGCGAUCAAGCCAUCCACAAGGAUCAGGAUAGUACGCUGAUUAACUACUUUACAUCGCCCGAUGUCGAACCGCUCUCCGCCGCCGUCGCCGUCGAGGGCGGUUGCCGGCCGACCGUGCAGACGGCACUGUUGCCGGUGCCGGUGACCGCCAAUAAUAACAGCAGCAGCGGAAUUAAUCUGCGCCGACUAUCCAAUACGGAGAAAUCGCUGUUGAGCGAUAAAAUGUGGAUCUCCAUUCGGGCGCAUUAUGUGCUGAUUGUUUUGUACUUGACGCUGUGUGGACUGUAUUUGUACUCCGUGUUCAAAUAUCCGGUGGAUAUUCAGAGUCUGCCGCGGGAGGUCGUCUGGGAUUGGUUUACAUUUCACAGCUGCCUCAGGACCAUGGAACUGCUCGUCAGCGUCUGCCUGGCCUACAUCCUGGACCAUGCCGGAGCCCUGGAGAACUGCAACAUCCGCCAGAGGGAGCUCUUGCGCAUUUAACACGCAAAAAAAUCAGCGGACCCCGCUUCAAUCCGAUAAGAACACACUCCUUUCUUCAACCCGCGGCGCACACACCACACCACACAACACGCAUUCUUUUCAUUCCCUCUCUUCAGAAACUGUGAUUACUUUUUUUGUGCUAGCUGUAUCGGGACGCGAUGCCAAUCGGUGGAUGAUUAAUCAAAUGGUGUGUGUGUGUUGAGUGUGUAUGCAUGUGAUAAUGGCGUCCGUAUUAUGUGUUCAGCUGUCGCGCAAUCGACAGUAUACGCGUGUGAGUGUGCUCCCUCUCGGUGUGGUAUUCUCCUCAACUGCGAUUAAUGCUCACAAAAUGACCCAUGGGGCCAAAGACUCUGCUGGGGCCACUGUUUGUUGCUUCUUACUGUGCCUGAGAAUAAUAAUAUUGUGUCUUGAUAGAUUGGC